GCUGUGUGAACGUGUUUCUAGGCUGAGAAGAGCUUGGCUGCGUUGUAUAUAUUGUAAAUAGCUUAAAUAGACCUUUUUGUUGUUGUUGAUCUGGUAGCUGUAGGGGUAGGAAGUCGUUUUCUUUUAGUACAUUUGGGGAUUCUCAUUAUAGCAACGUAAUGUCUUCCAAUGCAUCUCUGUCCACUAAGGACAAUGAUGACAUCAUCAUUAGAAACAUCAACUUUGUCCUCUACACAGUGACUGUUGUGCUCGGCAUCACAGGAAACGCUGUGGUGAUCUGGAUGGCUGGAAUCAAACUUAAGCAAGCAGUCAACAAUGUGUGGCUGGUGAAUCUGGCGAUAGCAGAUCUGAUUUUCUGUUUCACACGAAUCUUCUCCCUCAUCCAGAUGAAGUUAGAACGGUGGCCUUUUGGUCUCUUUCUCUGCCAGUUUCAUGGUUUGUUCAAACACACCAACAUGUUCGGCUCUGUCUUCCUGCUGGCUGUGAUCAGUCUGGAUCGAGUGCUUUGUGUCCGUCAGCCCAUCCUCAUGAAGCGUCGACGCACCCUCUUCGCAGCGAGGGUGGUGGCAGUCUGUGUCUGGAUUAUAGCGCUCCUCUUCAGCAUUCCCUACUUCACCUUCCGCAAAAUCUACAUGGACAACAACAACCAAACUAAGUGUAAAAUGGUGUGGGUGGAGAAGCCAAAGGAAAACAAAAACACCAAAGUUGCUCUCUACUCCAUGCAAUUCAUAUUCAGCUUCAUAUUUCCCUUUAUGGUCAUUCUCAUCUGUUACAUCCUGGUUGGCCUGGGCCUCCGACGCACUCGUCUGUCAGGGAAAUCUCGGCCCCUUCGUAUAUUAGUAUGUUUGGUCAUUGCCUUCUUCCUGUGCUGGGCACCUUACCAGUGCCUUCUAUUAGUAGACAUUGUGUAUAAUGAAAACAAAGUGGUGAAAAAGUGGUACUCUAUAACAAAGAGCAUUGCUUAUUUUAACAGCUGUGUGAACCCAUUGUUAUAUUUCUGUAUGGGGCUAAAAGUCAAGGAGGGGUUUAGACAGAAACUCAUGAGAGUUUAUAAAAGGGCUCUGAGAGAUGAUAUGGAUGGCCAGAUGGCUCAGCCAACUGAUCCCUCUUUGGAUUAAAGCUCUGGGUUAAAACAGAGUAGGCGGAGAGGAGUGGAUGUAAGUAAAUUUUACCUUUCCCCAGAAAAAUACAUGUCCUUAUACAUAACCAUUAAUAUAAUAUUGAAAUGCCGAAAUCAUUUUUUGCUUCCAUUAUAUGAUCAAAACCAGUAUUUCAGAGUGAAACAUAAAAGGUGGGAAGACUACAGUAAUGAUAAUCGGUCAAAUUAAAAGAUUUAUCAACAAAGGCUCAACAAAACAGAUGUGUGAACUCCUACCUUUCGCUAAAUCUGUUUCACCAUCACUAUAUUUAAAGUCAAGUCUUAAGAACAGUGAUAAUUUGUUUGUUGUUUAUUUAUUUAUAAUACCUGGAAAAUUCAUAUUGACACCAGAAAAUUCACCCUCAAUCACUAUGUCAUAUUUUACAUAUUGUAUAUUAUGUUUCUUGCUUUUGCUUUUUUCUUUUGUUUAUCUAUAGUUACCUAAUUAUAGAUAAACUGGAAUAAUUACGUUGUUAACCCUUGGUAAGUUGUUGUCAAAGCAGAAGUCAAAUAUCUUCAAAGGUUUAGGUCUGAGGAAUAAAUCUCGCCAUAAACACCACCUGGUACCAUUUCUGGAGUUUUAGACUUUGCUCAUGGUAUUUGCCUAAUGUUGUUGAAUUGUGUGGGGGGUUUUUUUGUUUGUUUGUUUGUUUUUUGCAUAGUUAUAUUACAUUGACCUUUGCCACUGUUUAAACUUAACUAACCCCAGCAUUAGCUUAUAGGUUUUGGCAAAAUAAGUUCAUGAAAACUUUUGCUUAUAUAAACUGAUUUGGCCUUGCCUGAAAUUAUUUCUAAGAUAAUAAUCUAUUAAGAUGACUUGCACUCCCAGAUUUACCUCUUCUGUUAGGCUUCAGUCAAUUAUCUGUUUGUUUGUUUGUUAGUCAGGAAGUAUGAUACUAUAGAAUGACAUAUGAGGAAAUCCUAUGAUUUUGUGCUCAGUGUCAGAUCAGGAGUUACGUGGUUAUUAAUAUUUUGAAUUUUCUUUUCAGUUCUCUUUUUUCCAGCAACGUAAUGUCUUCCAAUGCAUCUCUGUCCACCAAGGACAAUGAUGACAUCAUCAUUAGCAACAUCAACUUCUUCAGUCUCAGCUGACAGCAGGUUUCCCCAACUUCAUAAAACUCAUAAAAUUUUAUAGUGGUAAAAAAAAAUUACUAUGAAGAUAAAAGCUCCUACUUACCUACAAUGAAAAAAAGAAACAAGAAAAAAAAAGUGUUUACCUGUAGCUUAAAUGCCUUUUUUAUUUUAGAACCCCAUGUUACACUCAAUUAAAAAUGGCAUAUUAUGUAAUCAACUUUUCAACCAAAAUACCAGAUGGACUUUUCAGACCGUUACAGGAAGCUUUGAAAAAUAUAGAGCACAUUUAUUUACAUAUGUUUAUGCCUGGCCUGAGUGUAUACUGUAUAAAUAAUACCGCACCCAGCUAUCUUACUGAUCUCCUCAGCUUUUAUACCACUGGAAGAGCGCUUACAUCAGCAGGCCAAAUGCUCCUGACCUUGGUUUAAGACCACAGGUGACCACACAUUCGCCUCUGUUGCACCCUACCCUCUGGAAUAAUCUCCCCGAAGCUAUUCGCGUGUCUAUUUCAAUUCAAUCUUUUAAAUUUCAAUUAAAAACUUAUUUAGUGUAGCCUUCCCGGCUUUCUAGAGCCCGCAUUUUGUAAGUCUGAUUUAACCUUCAGCCUUUUGGCUUGUGCCUACAAUGCCUGGUGUUAGUUAUGUCUCCCACCUGUCAGUGUAUUUAUAUUUGUAUCUGUUAUUGAUCUUAAUUGGUUCUGUGAAGCACUUUGGCAUACCUCUGUUUUUUUGUGCUAUAUAAAUUGUAAUGUAUUGUAUUAUAUUUAACCUCACAGGACUUUUAAACAAAUAUCUCAACUAUCAUUGUCUUACAAAAGGGAGUCUAUGUAUACAUCUGACAAGAUGAUACUGCUAAUCUUUUUGCAGAGAUUUAUCUCCAGUGGAGGACAUAUAAGGAGGUACAUCCCUUCCUAUCUCUGUCCAGGUGUUCCACAGGUUUCACAAAACUUUGUCGAGUAAGGUCAAAGUAAAGUUUUAUAACAUGUUAACAUUUAACAUGAUGUAUCUUUUUUUCUAAGUUUUUCAUCAACUGUUGUAUAGUUCCCAAUACAUACAUUUUUUAUGCACACAA